UGUAAAUUUCCCUCUCUGGUUAUUCAAGGACCAUAGAGGCUGAAAUGUAGUGAUGCGGCACACUCACUGACUGCAGUAAUGAGAGACAGGUGCUGUUUAAUUGACCUGUUUAUGACCUUAUGCUUAUCAAGUGGAAAAACAGAGCCAUAGAUUUCACAACUGAAGUAUCAAACCAAAAUAUGCCCGACCUCAGCCAUUUCAACUGUUUCAUGGCAUGUCAUUAAAUCAGACUAGAUGUUUAGGACAGCUUGUUUGUGUAUGCAGAGAUGUGUUUGUGGAUCAAUCUGUCAGUUUUGAUUAGCGCAAUGGCUUGGCCGUGCAUCAGCAGAGUGUGCUGCUUGGCUCGGUUCUGGAACCAGUUCGACAAAUCGGAUUUGUCGGUUCCACUAACGAUUCAGAACUACUCUGACAUCGCGGAGCAGGAGGUGCAAUCCGUCACCAAACUCGUUUCCACGGAACGGGCGCCGAGCGUCGACUUCGUAACGCCGGAUCACGCGGCGGGUGUCCGGCGGCCGCACCGGGGACGCACGGAACCGAGUUAUAAACCCCGCGAAGAAUACCAUCCCCCGGGUGUGCCUUUCCCGAGCAUCACCCAGUACAAACAGGAUUACAAACCCUGGCCCAUCCCGAAGAAGGAUAACUUUCCCUGGAUUAGUAACGGAGGGAAAGGCGGCACUUUAACGGAUAGUCCGGUGAACGGUUACUCUAACGGAACGAGUCAUCCGCGGACGGACAGACAGGAGCGCAGCGGCAGGCAGAGAGGAGGAGAUCAGCUCAGCUCAUACAGGGUACUUGCUGCUCGUUCUCAUGGGAGCUGUUCUUCAGCACCUCUCAUCCACCGCAGCACAUCAUGA